AUGACGGGCUCGGGACGCCUUCCAAUACUUGAGAAGAUCCUCAAUAAGGCCCCACACAUUGCAUUGAUAGCCUAUGUUGGAGCAAUAUAUUGGGCAUUCACGAUCUUCCGGCCCGAGAUGUGCGAGCACACUCGAAUCUCGGAACAUGCGUUGAUGGGUGGAGUGGUCAACGAGAAGUUUGAUCAAGAGGGUGUUUAUGCCGAAGUACUUCACGGAUUACAAAACAAGAAGGAUAAGCGGGAAUUUUUGCUGGAUCGUCUAACUAACUACGGAGUCUACGCAUAUGAGCAAAGGUGGAAAACCACCGUUGGUGUUUUGAAUGCCUCGGGAGUAAACGUGUGGGGAACAACAAGGGGAUUUCGGGGACCAUCUGCGGAAUCAAUACUACUUAUCGUCAAUCAAAACGAUGCGCAGGCAACAGCACUUUUGGUCGCCCUUGCUGGAUAUUUCAGAUCGCAGCUCCAUUGGUCUCGUGACAUAUUCUUCCUUCUGAGCGAUGGCGGAGUUCUUGGUGUCGAAGCAUUUCUCAAUGCAUUUCAUCUCACUUCUUCAAAAUCGCUUGCAUUCGAUGCAUUACAAGAACGUGGAGAUUAUUUGCUGGCAACUCUUAGCUUUAAAACAAACGUUGGUCAAAAGUCGAACGAAAUGGAACUUUAUUUGAACCAACUUAAUGGAGCACUUCCAAAUUUGGAUUAUGUGAAUACAAUAGUACGCAUCAGCGGAUUGGGACGGUUCAGAAUGCCGACAGUACUCUAUGAUUUGCGAGAUUCAAAUAAGGGACAAGAUAUUCCGUGGUGGAUAAUUCCUGCGAGAGCCCUCUUCACACAAGCAUUCGUUUCGGUGGAAGAUCUGCAUUCACUCAGCGCUAAAUAUGGAACCAGUGGGGUAAUGCUCGGCCUACCACUGAAGACGCAAUCGUCUGUUCGCAAAUCAGCAAAACUCAUCGAAGCAACCGUUCGCUCACUAAACAACAUGCUUGAGCGAUUUCACCAGUCAUUUUUUAUCUACGUGCUCGCUGAUGAGGAUAACUUUGUGUCAAUCGCUUUCUUCAUGCCGAUUUUGGGCGGCGUCAUCGCUCCUCUGUUGAUCUUUGCAUAUCGAGAGUGGGUUUACUCAAUUGAAGCUCUCGAGAUUCCGUCGAUCAUCUGGGUUGUCCAUAGCAUUGGCAUUUUGACGUGGACAGCUUCGUCACACUUUUUUGGAGAUGAGCAAGCAUUGGUGCCCGGCGAUGAAACACCAUGGAUUAUUUUGCUUGGAACACUAUUGAUACCACUUGCUUUAUUCUGGAAAGUACCACCGACAGCAAUCUCUUCCCUUCGUUUUGUUCUACUAUUGGAAGCAGCUCUUGCGUUCGGUCUCGUGAGCCUCGUCAACUUCGGAUUGGCCUUGCUGACGGCGCUCCCAUCGGUUCCACUUCUGAUUUUGUUCACCAGACCACAAAAUGAUCGACCAAGGUAUCGACAGGGCUUUCGCUUGAUGUUCAGCUUUUUGACACAUCCGUUGGCUUUGUAUAUUUUCUGGAACGUUUACGUGUCGCCUAUGCUGAUGAUGGAAGGGUUGGAUGCAGCAAAUUUACAACUCUUCGACGUGGUCUAUCCGAUUAAAAAAAUUGUUUCUUCUAAUUUACUGGUUGGUUGUAAUUUAUUCCCAUUAUUGACAGUUGUAGCGAUUCCCAUUUGGAAUCUGCUUGUUUCUCUUUCACUACCCGUUGAUUCUAUUGGAUCUGGUUCA